AUGUCCCAACGCUUAGAACAGGGCUUGUCACAGAGUAACCGCUAUAUACCGUUAGCUGUAAUUGAUAGGCCAAGCCUAUCCAGUCCUAGGAAAACCCAGCUGGAUCCGGGAGUGCGAGACCCAGCCCGCGCUCGCGCCGACGGGCGGGGAGGGUGUGGCCACCUCUGCCCCGGGUGGGUGCGGCUGGCGCUCUGCCUCUCGGGCUUAGUGCUCUCGCUCUACGCACUGCACGUGAAGGCGGCGCGAGCCCGGGACCGGGACUACCGCGCCCUCUGCGACGUGGGCACCGCCAUCAGCUGUUCGCGCGUCUUCUCCUCCAGGUGGGGCCAGGGCUUCGGGCUGGUGGAACAAGUGCUGGGUCCAGACAGUGUCUUCAAUCAAUCCAACAGCAUAUUCGGAUGCAUCUUCUACUCACUGCAGCUGUUGUUAGGUUGCCUCUGGGGCCGCUGGGUGUCUGCCCUGCUGCUGCUGAGCUCCCUGGUGUCUCUCGUCGGCUCCGUCUACCUGGCCUGGAUCCUGUUCUUUGUGCUCCAUGAUUUCUGCAUUGUUUGCAUCACGACCUAUGCCAUCAACGUGGGCCUGAUGGUGCUCAGCUUCCGGGACGUCCAGAGACCUCAGGGCAAGGUCAAGGGGCACUGAGCCCUCACUGACCUCUUAUGCUCUGCUUUGGUGUGUCAGCUUUGCCAAAGGCAGCACGCCUGGGUCCUAGAGGAGUCUACAGCCCACCUCCACCAUACUCCCCACACAGGACAAUGGACCAAAUGUGCCACACUCUUUCCUCCACCUGGUGCCUCUGGCUCUGUCCCCAAGGAUUGAUUUCCAAAGCUCCUGCCUUUGCCCCAGGAGGGAAGGUUCUGAGCAAUAAAAUUUCUUAAAUUGGUUAA